GGUUCUUUUAAGAUAUCAGGAAUUCCUCGAUAGAGACUUCUAAAAACACAAUAAGGCUCCUUAGCUUUUCAACAAACGCGCUUUAACUCAUUUUGAGCUACGACUUUAUUCUUUCUUUGUUUAUUUAUUCUUGUGAUCGAAACGUCCGAGCACGCCGCGAGUAAAGUGACUCAGAGUUAAUCUUAGAGUCUUAAGAGUAUAGCCUAAGUUAUUUUGUCUUUGAGAAGAAGGAUUUUGAGGAAACGUGAAAGAUGCAUCCCGAAGAGAACUCUGGGUACAGCUAUGAGGACUGCCGUGCCACAGCUGACUGGCUUAUGGCCCAGAUGGACGUGCGCCCCCUGGUGGGUAUUGUGUGCGGUUCCGGUCUGGGAGGACUCGCUGAGAUGCUGAAGGACCAGGUGGCUUUCAACUACAAAGACAUCCCCAACUUUCCCCAGAGCACAGUUCAUGGCCACGCUGGUCGACUGGUGUUUGGGACCCUGAAGGGAAGGGCAUGUGUGUGCAUGCAGGGGCGCUUCCACCUCUAUGAAGGCUACGCCAUACAGAAGAUCACCCUGCCCAUGCGGAUCUUCAAACUGCUCGGUGUGGAGACCGUGAUCCUGACCAACGCAGCUGGUGGCCUCAACCAGGACUACAGGGUGGGCGACAUCAUGAUCAUCAAGGACCACCUCAACAUGCCUGGCUUCGCAGGCAACAACCCACUGGCUGGCCCCAAUGACGAGAGGUUUGGCGUGCGUUUCCCCUGCAUGUCCGAUGCGUACGACCGCGAUCUCCAGCAGCUGGCCAUCGACGUCGGGGCGGAGAUGGGCUACAGCGACUUCCUGCGGAAGGGCGUGUACUGCGUGCUGGGCGGCCCGUCGUUCGAGACCAUCGCCGAGUGCCGCAUGCUGCACAAGCUAGGCGCCGACGCCGUCGGAAUGAGCACGGUUCACGAGGUCCUCGUCGCCCGUCACUGUGGCAUGCGCUGCUGCCUGUCGCUCAUCACCAACCAGUCGGUCAUGGACUACGAGAGCGAGGAGAAGGCCAACCACGAGGAGGUGCUCGAAACCGGCAAGCAGCGCGCCGAGCAGCUUGAACGUCUCGUCGCCAUGGUCAUGCGCAUCGAGCACAAUAACAACAACGACGACGACAUCAACCUGCAUUAAGCUGAUUGCAUGUGACCUGUUGCCAGCUUGACUUUUUCUUGUACAUAGAACAUUCCCCAACCCCACCCUCCCCACACCCCCACCCCACCCCCACUACUCUUAUGUUGGGGGAGGGGGCUAUGCUAGCCUGGGGUCACUUGGAGAGAGCAAAGGUCAGAUAUGGCACCUGUUUGCUGGACCCUCUCAAAAUGAGAUCACGGCAAUACAAAAAUAUCAGUUUUCUUUUCUUUUUCUUAAGAAUCUUUUUACUUUACUCACAAAACUAUUCACUAUGAUCCUGCACAUUCCUGCAAUGCUCAGAGGGGUUGUCCUCCAUCAAGUGCCUGUUCAACUGUUUUUAACUUAAAUAAUUUUCUGUUUGUUUCUGUGCUCCUUCUAUGUUUAACUUAGAAGUAUGGUAGAUACUAUGGAGAUAUGUGACUUGUGAAUGUAUUGUGUUAUGUUUAUGUUUAUGUUGUCAACAGAUGUACAAUAGUUUUUUCUUUAACAUAAAUAUUAUUAGGUUACUAUUUAUUGACUAAGUGUAUGGUUGUACAAAAGUUUGUAUCAGGGAGAAUGUAUAGACUUCCAAUGACUGGAAUCUAGGGUAACAUUGCAAACAGAACUACUGCAUGCCUGUGUGUGUAUGUGUGGAUCAUUUGCAUUGUUCAGUGAGCUUUUUAGUUUAUUUAGUACUUUUUUUUUUAUCCCUAAUCUGUCAAUUGUAUUGAACAGAAAGAAAUGCUGUAAAGAUUGUAUAAAUAAAGUUAUUAAAUACAAUUAAA